AUGAAUGGGAGCGACCAAAACAGAAGACCCACCGAAUUCAUCUGGUCAAAAUCACCGCAAGAGAUACCGCCACAAUACCAAGGAUUUCACUCAGACGAACGAGACCCAAGAUUUGAGUUUAACGCUCCAAAGUGGUAUGACUUUUCUAAAGAACCCGUAAUUCCUGGAUCCGAAAAUUGGUUUCGAUCGAGUGGCGGGUUUUCCCCAUCAAGUGGCUUCUCUCCGUCACCGGUUCGACUUGCUCAAAAUAUACACAGUCCGAUUUCGCCCGAAUACAGUAAUCCAUCCGUAAAACAUCCGACUCCAGCUCCCCGUCAUGUGCACAACCCUAUAUCGCCUGGCGACAGUUUUCCGUCAGCGAUCAACCCACCAUCACCUUCUUUACCCAAAGAUCAUAAAUCAACCCGAGUUCCAUUCGUAGAAAAUCCAGCUCCUUCCAUGAAAUUACGUAAUGGUAAAAUCCUUGCGACUCAAAAUGCACAAAAAAAGCGUUCGCCUGUCAACCGAGUUCGUGAUUAUAGUACACGGUCUACCAAUAUGAAGGUUCAACGGAGCAGGCAGAAUGCAGUUGCGAAAAUUACAAAAGGGAGUAAAGCAUCUACAACUACAGCACCUGUGAAACAGGCGUCAUCCACAAAUAGAGUAGUCAAACCAGCGCCGGUAUCCCGACCACUUCGAUUAAACAAUCAAAAAAAAAAAGCUGCGGUAGCGAAACUCACCAAAGAGAAUAAAAAUGAAAGGUUGCGAAAUGGCUUAGCCGUCAUUAAGGCGUCCAAGGAAGGAUUGGCACCAUUAAAGGAGGAAGGAUCAAAAGCCAAUAACAUCCCUGCCGCUCCUAUUACAAAAGGGAGUAAAGCAUCUACAACUACAGCACCUGUGAAACAGGCGUCAUUUACAAAGAGAGUAGUCAAACCAGCGCCGGUAUCCCGACCACUUCAAUUGAACAAUCAAAAAAAAAAUGCGAAAAAUGAUGCAGUAGCAAAACUCACUAAAGAGAAUAAGGAUGGAAGGUUGCGAAAUGGCUUAGCCGUCAUUAAGGCGUCCAAGGAAGCAUUGGUACCAUUAAAGGAAGAAGGAUCAAAAGCCAAUAACAUCCCUGCCGCUCCUAUCCCUCCUUCUCGACCGCGUCCACGUCCUCAAAAUUCGCGACCGCCACCCUCUCGCCCUCCCAUAAUUGCACGUGGUAGAAAACAGGUAACAAUUCCAAAACCAUUCAAGUUCCACUCAUCCAACCGCCCACGUCAAGCAUUGCCUGAGAAAUCUCCAUUUGUUCCACUUGCACUACGCGUGCAGCAGUUUUUGAAGACGCCGAAAAAGGAUAGAGUGGUUAGAAGAAACGCACGUGGAAGAAAAUAG